GAAAGGCGAGCGCAUCGCUCAUCGCACGGAAUGCUGCCGCUCCUUCUGAUUUUGCUGACUCUAGCCAGGAUCCACGCCCACUACACCAGCGGGGAUGUGGCCUACCAUCCAAUGCCGCACUUCUGGACGGGUGUGGGCUUCUGUCCCGCCGGUCGGAUCGAUCACGAGGGGAUUGAGGCCGCUCUGGUCUCCCCCGCCCUCCAGAUGAAUCUCCGCCAGAUUGCUGCCCUUCCGGUAGGAGCUGUGACCCACAUACGCAUUCACUGGCUGCUCGAGCUGGUCCAGUUCCGGCAGUACGAUGCCAACGGGAUACCUAUUUAUGACUUCACAAAGUUCGAUGACUUCAUAGACUUCUUGCACGAGGAGCUGCGCUUGUCCCCUGUGCUCGAGUGGAUGGGUAAUUUGGGUGGGGUUUUUCUGGAAAAUCCCAUGCAGAUGCCCUUCUACUGGGAGCACUUGGUCAAGACGACGAUUAACCACCAGCUGGCGCGUCACGGUUCCGCCAGAAUGUCCAACUGGCGCUACGAAACCUGGAAUGAGCCGGAUCUUCGUGUGUACAACAAACUCAAUCUGACGUCCCAAUCCUAUCUGGAUUACGUUCAGGCCGUACGUCAGGGUCUCAGCAAAGCUGGCAAUCUGGAUACCUACGAGGGCAAAGUUCAGCUGCCGAUGUAUCGAGCUCUGCGGGGACCGGCGGGUCUCUUUAAGAGCUCAGACACCCAUCCGCUGUGUUGGAAACUCCUGGAACAGUGCAACGAGAAGGUGGUGUACUGCCCCAUCGAUAUACUCACGUUUCAUCGCAAAGGAAUCGAUGGAACUGCCACGGAGAUUGUUAACGGCUCAUUAUCUUUAAUGGCCAAGAUCUACGAGGACUAUCCCAAUCUAAAAUCCCUGCCGGUGGCCAAUGAUGAGGCUGAUCCCGUGGCCGUUUGGAGCACUCCUAGGGAGUUCCAGGCGGAUGUCCGCUAUGGGAUUACACUGAUAUCCACUGUGAUGGAGCACUGGCAUGCCAAGCUUGCAGGCGGGCCAUUAGGCCGGCUGGAGUCCAUUAGUCAUGACAACGCCUUCCUCAGCUACCAUCCCCACGAGUUUACGCAACGCACGCUCCUUGCUCAUUUCCAGAUGAACGAAACAGAUCCACCGCACUCACAGUUUAUCCAGAAACCUGUCUACGCUGCCCUGGGAAUGCUGGCCAAGUUGGGAAACAGAGCUGCCGACAUGGAACUGGUCAAUAUGGACAGCAAGCACAGCGUUGAGGUCCUUCGCACUGUGUCCGGCGGAGUGGGUGGACCUGGGCAGUACAUGGCCGCCAUAUUCCUGAGCCCCGAGGAGGCGGGACCUCAGAGGACAGCUUUCCAUCACAAGUACACCCUGAAUAUGUCCAUAGCGAACGAAUCGGCUUUCAUCACGGAGAUCCUGGUGCCCCACACCACGGAUCCCUAUUUUGUGUGGCAGCAGGCGGGAAGUCCGGCUUAUCCCAAUGCCACGCUAAGAGAAGCCAUGCGGCGGGCGCAAACUCCCAAGCUGUAUGAAACCGGACCCAUCUGGCAGUACAACAGCGAGCUGGUUAUAAACUCCGCCACCCUGCCGCUGCCCUGGGCGGUGCUGCUCCGCGUGUGCUCAACCGCGUGGCCCAAGUUACGACGUCCGCAGCAGCUCUCUAUCGUGGAAGUAACGCAUCGCGAGGUCUUCAUCAGCUGGGCUGAGCACCCGAAAUCCACGCAGUGCCUGCGCACUUACGAGGUGUGGUUUAAGGAGCGCGACAGCAAGGGCCCGGCUGCUGACUGGCAGCUGAUAUCCCAAGACUGGCAUCUGCCGUAUCCCUCGUUUCAGUACGCGCCUGGUGAUCAGGGAUCUGUCAAUGGUUUCUACAAGGUUCGGGGAGUGAAUGUCUUUAAUGAAACCAGCCCGUACUCGCAAAUAGUCGAGUAUCUGGAAUUGUAGUUUAACAAACAGUUUAUAA